AUGCUGUCGCCCGUUGGUCGCCCGUCUCCUUCCAAAAUCGGACUAUCCGGGCCGACAAGGGUAGGACGAGGGCGCUCCAAAGCACCGCAUGCGAAGUUCGCCGCGGCGAAAGCGCUCCAACUCGCGCGUCAGACGUUUCGUGGCCGGACCUUGUCGGUCAAGUUACGCAUGAUGAAUAAAGUAGCAAAUAUCAUGGGUAUAAUCAUCUCUUGCAUCGUCGGCAUCUUCGCCUGUAUCGGAGCAGCCAUCUGCUGUGUCGUAGACGCGAUUGUAGAGGCAAUACUAUGCAUCGUUGACGCCGUCGUCAGCUGUGUCUUGUGCAUUCUCGACGUACUAACAUGCGGAUUGUGUCACUGCGGAAGAGGAAGAGCAGUAGGAGGGCCUUCAUAUCGAUACUGA